UCGUAUUUUAAUUUACUCUGAAAAGUGGUUGAAGUGAACAAAAAAGGUGAGUACGUGAAAAAUACAAGGUUGCAAUGUAAUAUUUAAAAUUAGUAUUGCCAAUAUGGGCUUCAAACAUACACAUAUAGUAUAUAUACAGUAUUAAAAUACUAAGAGGAAUCGAUACGACUCACUUUGACAGAAGAUUUGAGGGGCGUAGCUGUUCCCAUGCAGGGUUUACUCUACUAUUCUUGUCUCCGCUGGUUGGGUUUGAUUUUGGUGUUGUUUAUUUUAUUGUUUUCUUUUUUUCGCGUCCGUUUAUAUUGAGUUAUGUUCCAUUCUAUUAUAAUUUCGCCCCCGUGUUUUUUUUUUUGUUUUUUUUUUUUUGUUUUUCGUUACUGUACUCUUCUUUUGUUCCGCACUUUGCCUUUUGCUUUCGCAAGUGUAUACAUGUACAUAUAUAUACAUAUAUAGUAUAUUGUUUUGUUUUACCGCACUUUAUUAAUUUUUUCCGCAGGAUUACUCUUGCCAACAGGUGCUACUUCGGACUGAGUAGGCAAUUGAGAAGUAAAGUCCUCUCUCGACAAACAAAAACCAAACUCUAUAAGACGCUCAUAAUUCCCGUCCUGCUAUAUGGUGCAGAGGCUUGGACGAUGACAACAACCGAUGAGUCGACGUUGCGAGUUUUCGAGAGAAAAGUUCUGCGAAAGAUUUAUGGUCCUUUGCGCGUUGGCCACGGCGAAUAUCGCAUUCGAUGGAACGAUGAGCUGUACGAGAUAUACGACGACAUUGACAUAGCUCAGCGAAUUAAAGGACAGCGGCUACGCUAGCUAGGUCAGGUUGUACGGAUGGAUGAAAACACUCCAGCUCUGAAAGUAUUCUACGCAGUACCCGUCGCGGGAAGCAGAGGAAGAAGAAGUCCUCCACUCCGUUGGAAGGACCAAGUGGAGAAGGACCUGGCUUCGCUUGGAAUAUCCAAUUGGCGCCACGUAGCGAAGAGAAGAAACGACUGGCGCGCUGUUGUUGACUCGGCUAUAAUCGCGUAAGUGGUGUCUACGCCAGUAAAGAAGAAGAUACCAAGAAACUAUAAAUAAUCCAUUUGCAAAGCCUAGUAUAAUAGUUAAUCAUACUGAAAAUAUAAAGCAGAGAACGUUUAUCAUAGAGAAGGUUCACGUUUCAGAUAUCGUAACUUUUCGAAGGGGUACUCAGCAGAGAUGAGCGAGUCUCACCACAGACAAAUUGUAAGCGUGUUUCACCACGACAAUAGCAGAAUUGAGCAUUUUCAGCGUGAAAUGAGAAAAAUAAUGCUAAUUCCCAUGUAAACAAAUUUACGCCUAGAGAUUCGUUUAUUUUCUAUGCGCAACCGACUCGGCAUAUAAUUUAUAUACAUAUGAUCCGUAUUUAUUUGUGGCUAAAUGAGCCUUAGUCGCCUGCCCCACACCACACCUACACCCAUCACUUACACGCACACUCACCACACUCACCUCGACAUCACCACACUUCACAUCAACACCACCCACACGCGCGAGCGCAGGAUCCACACACUAAAACACACACCACAUCACUCCAUGGAAAAAGGGUCCGCUUUCACACAAAUCAGUAUUGAUUCGUCCAUUACUGAAUGCACGUCGCUUUUUCGCCACACGCCGAUCGUCAUCGCCAUUUGUACCCAUGUCCAUAAUUUCCUUUUAUAGUUUUGUGAAUACGAUAAUUUUAUUAAUUUUGAGUAACACAAUUGUGAGACUAACGUGUCCGGAACCCCCUCUAUACGGCCUUUAGAAGGCGAAUUUUUAUUGUAAAAUAAAAUUUAUACGAGUUGUGAAAGUGAAAUCGGAGGUUUUAUUUUAAAACACCCAAUUUGGCACAAGUGGUAAGUCCAGCGGGCAGUGAACCCAACAUUGGUCCUUCGAGUCGCAAAGAACGGCACUAUUGGAAAAAAAAAGAGAUUAAAAUUGUGACAUAAACAUACAUACAAAACUUGUUCAAAAGAAGAAAAGCUUACAAAAAAUUCGUGCACAAAGGUGACAUAUACACACACAUAUACAAAAUUUAGUGCAAUAUACAUACGUAUAUACAAAAAAAAAAAAAUUUAUAUAUUGCAAGUGAAUUCGAAGUUUAGUGGCAAAUACAUACAUACUUAAAUACAAAAAAAAAAACAUUUGAAAACGGAAAACACAAGACGGUUCACUACUGUUACAUGAAAAUACAAAAAAAAUUUUAAUCAAAAUCAAAAAGGAAAAAAAAUAAAAUUUCAUGCUAAUACGAAAAAUUUUAAAGCUCGUUUGAGACAUAUAAAUACACAUAAAUAUACAUAUAAAUACAAUAUUGUGCUGAACAACUAUACAUAAAAAAAAAAACAAAAAGCCGGGCGCGUAAAUUAAUUUAAUUAUAAACGGGCGCGAAACUUCAAACCAAACAAGUGAAAGAAAAGCAAUAAACUCCAAGUGCAAUAAUUUUCAAAAAAUAAUAAUAAUUAAUAAUCGUGGAAAUAAAAUAUACUAAAGACAUUACAUAAGUACGAGCCAAACAACAACAAGAAGAGGAGAAGGAAAGGGAUAUCGUGGUCCACCGUAAUAACAUCACAUCAGCAAACAGGAAACAACUGGGACACAGCCACGAAAGCAAACACCCCGCAAUUAACCGCAUAUUAAAGCCCUCAAAUACCCUUGAAGCGGCACAAAGUGAGUGUAUCGACUCCUUUUAUUCAUAUAAUAUUUUUAUUUAUUGGCUUAUAUGUAUGUUGAAAGUUACAGUUCAUUUUUCUAACAACUGUAUACUUUAAUAAAACGGUUGCUACCAAACUGUUUGAACUUACGGUUGAUUUCCGGGAAACCGAAAACAGUUUGGUACUUUACAUAUGUACAUCCAAAUAUAAGUAUGAACAGUAUAUAGUAUAAUAUAUAAUUAUAUAUACAUAUACUGGCAUAUACAUAUCUGUUAAAAGCCUAGUUACGCUUACACUUGUGUUCACAAGCACACAAAGUUCAUAAAAAAAAAAAAAACAUUUUCAAGUAUUCACUUGACAACAUUUGCCGGCAAUACCCCUUAUACUCAAAACAGUAUAAGCAGGAUUGCGCUAAGUAAGCUAAGGCAAUUUCGAAAAUUAAAAUAAAAAUAACAAUAUCAACCAUACAUAUAUGCACAAUAUUCACAACGUAUAUACAUAUACAUUACAUAUAUUACCAAAAUUGGCAAAAAGAUAAAUUAGCAUACACACAUAUGCUAGUAACAACAAAGUAAAAGUUAUAACUUCCAAAUUUGCAUUUGCGCUAAAAGAGCAUACCUGCACUUUGCCAUUUUCUCUUCCCGCGUUAUUCGUACCGCAAAAUAAUAUACACGGCAUACAAUUUGCUUAUGCCGAUGUACAUAGAUAUAUAUAUAUAUACAUAGGGUACAUAAUUAAAUAAAAUCUUAAAUUACAAUUUAAAUAUUUCGAAAAAAAAAAUUCGGUGCGGUAAAUGCAACCGUUUAAUAAGGAUAAAUUACAUUCUGUCAAUUAAAACAAAAAAAAAUGUAUUACAAAUAUAUACGGACAAAUAAAAUAAACAAAAACCAAGACAUGGUAGCAUUUUAACAUUUCAUUUUAUAUUAUAUAUCCAAAGGCCAAAUCGGCAUAUUUCAAGCAAUACCUCUUGUUCUUGCUAAAGCACAAGCAAGCAGGAUUGCAAACGGAAAAAAUCUUUUAUAUACAAAGGUCAAUAACCCUUUUCUCUUUCUUUAUUAUCGCCCGUAUACGCAAUUAUAAACGAACGAGUGCAAAGCAAUAAAUAAAAUCGAAAAAACAAGAACAAUUUAAUAGCACAACUAUUAGAAAUACGAAGCAAUAAAUAAAAUAGAAAGAAAACAAAACAAACUAAUAGCACAACUAUUAGGGAUAACGAAAACGAAACACUCGCUCGUUAGUUCGGCCAUUGCGUAUACGGAUACAACAAAAAUACAAUUUUGUAAUAAGGAAAACGAAACACUCGUUCGUUGGUUCCUACCUUGCGGAUACAACAAAAAUACAACUUUAUAAUAAGGAAAACGAAAUACGCGUUCGUUAUUAGAUACUUGUGUAUACAACAACCAUACAAACCGCGUAUCUUAAAGAUUCAAACGUAUUUAUUACCACCAUAAAUACACUGAGAGAAGUUUCUUCUUUCUCAUAUUUUCAAUUUUUACCUAUUACCUAAAUGAACGGAGAUUCUAAGGAAUCUAAAUCGAUUCAAUAUCUAAAAGUACAAAAAAUGAUUUCUGAAGAAAAGAGCCCAUGUACACCUGCUGAAGCUACACGCUCAAAGCAAGGUGCUACAAAGCAAAAAAAAAUUACAGACAUUUCAUAUACUAAGUUUAUCGCUGAGAGUGACAGUUUAAUUCGAUACUACACUCGAUUUUCAUCUUCACCGAUUCAGGACAAUUCUGAAUCGGUACUAGAAAUCAAAAAAGAAAAUCUAGGCAAUUUCUGGACACGUCUCCAAGCUCCGUAUGACGCAAUUCUAGAAUCUGACGAAUCAGAUCUUCCGGAAAAUUUUAAAUCCUCGGCUUGCUCCAAAUACGAAAACUGUUUAGACCAGUACGAGGAAACGAGAGCUAUGAUCUCUGAUCAAUUGAGAUUAAUAAAAGCAAUUGCACCUACUCCACAACCGAGAGUAGAGCUGCCUCCAAUUCAAAGCCAAGAGGCGAGUUCCGGCAUUCACCUUAAAGUGCCAGCAUGCGAUACAGAAAUAUUUCAUGGAGGUUAUGAACAAUGGCCGUCCUUCCGGGACAUGUUUACGGCCGUGUACAUAAACCAUCCUAAAUUAUAUCAAGCGUAAAAAUUGUAUCACCUCCGAUACAAAACAAAAGGCCAAGCAGGAGCAAUAGUAAAACAGUUCGCUCUUAAUGACGAAAAUUUCAAUUUAGCUUGGGAAGCUUUAAGACAAAGAUACGAAAAUGAAAGAAUAUUAGAUGUCAAGCAAGUUACGAUACUUAUGAACUUGCCUAAAAUUCAAAGAGAAACCAGUGAAGAGUUCAUGAAACUAGAAUCCACUGUUUCAAAUUGUUUAUCGGUGCUAUCGACACAAAAUAUUCCCACACACAAUUGGGAUCCUAUUCUGGUAAACAUAUGUACCGCCGCAUUACCAGAAAAAUCUUUGCUUCUGUGGGAGCAAUCGCUCUCAUCACGAAGAAAAUGCCCAACGUGGCAACAAAUGAAAGAUUUCUUAACUACCCAAUAUGAAAUUGCGGAAAGGGUAGAUAAAAAAACGGUCAGAACUAAAAACGUUCAACACGACCUAAAUCGAAGUUUCGCUAAACCCCAAGCUAGUAACCACCACAAUUUAAACAGAAGCUUCUUUAAAAAUCAAUCGUUCACAUCCGAACAAUAUAAACAAACGUCAUGGGAACUGUGUAAAGGAGGGCACAAGCUGAAAGCUUGCGAAAAGUUUAAAAAACUUAAUAUCAAUGAAAGGAACAACUUUGUCAGAGCAAAAAGACUCUGUACAAACUGCUUGUCCCACUCACAUAAUCUCAAUAAUUGCUAAAGCAAAUUCAAUUGCGUAUAUUGCCACAAGAGGCAUCAUUCAAUGUUACAUUUCAAUAACUUUCCUAGCACACCCCAAAGUAGCGCUUUCUCCAAAAGAGCCACGGGUUUAGUUGCAACCGCAACGAAACACAAAAUCCCGAAAUUUGCCAAGAGACACCAUGCUGCUCAAAGGCUUUAAAGACACAAACGCUUCACAGCGAGAAUCAAAGUAGGGUACUACUACCCACAGCAGCUAUCUCCAUCGAACACCGAGGAGAAGUUUUCAAAUUGAGAGCCCUAAUAGACCAAAGAUCACAACGAUCAUUCAUAGCGUCUAGGGGACAAAAUAGGCUAAAACUACCAACAAAACAUGCCAAUUAUGAAAAUACGGGAAUGGGCGGAAGAGUAUUACAAAACUCAAACAAAAUCUGUCCCAUUACCCUAAUUUCCCCCCAAGCGGAUAAGCGCAUUCAAGCAGAAGCUAUAGUCUUACCGCAACUUAUGAACAUGCUGCCAAGCUAUCAUAUAAAUAGCAAGCAUUGGCAAAAGGUUACACACCUAAAGCUAGCAGAUCCUAACUGCAACACCCCCGCUCAAAUAGAUCUUCUAUUAGGCAGCGACCUUAUUCCUCAAAUUGUUCUAGAAGGGGUUGAGAAAAAUUCAAACACCCUUCUAGCACAAAAUACUAUAUUCGGUUGGAUACUAAGUGGACUAGUAACAGAACCAGUUACCGCCAUGACAACUCAAGUGGAAGAGAUAUCCAAUGAAUUCCUUAAUUCACAAUUAAGGAAAUUUUGGGAAUUAGAAGAACUCCCCCCCCAUUACCGCCAUGACAACUCAAGUGGAAGAGAUAUCCAAUGAAUUCCUUAAUUCACAAUUAAGGAAAUUUUGGGAAUUAGAAGAACUCCCCCCCCAUUACCAUUACAACGCCAGAAGAUCAGUAUUGUGAAGACUUUUACAAAGCCACAACUACUAGAUCAAGAAAUGGUCGGUAUGUCGUACGACUACCAUUUAAACAACAAUUUCCAGAUACACUCGCCAUAGGUCACUCUCGCACCUCUGCAAUACAGCAGUUUCUAAGUAUGGAAAAAAACCUACUUAGAAAGGGUGAGUUCAAACAACAUUAUGAUGGUGUCUUAGAAGAAUACCUCCAUUUAGAUCACAUGGAGGAAGUAAGCCCAUGCGAAAAAAUCAUAAAAGGCAAAUAUCACUCAUUCUACUUGCCACACCAUGCAGUAGUAAAGCCUGACAAAAAAACAACAGAAGUUAGAGUUGUCUUUAAUGCCUCCAGAUGCACUAGCUCGGGGAAUUAGCUCAACGAUAUUCUAUUCACGGGCCCCACACUCCAACCAGAUUUAAUGCUCCUCAUACUAAAUUGGCGUAUAUACAAAUACGUUUUCAAUGGGGAUGUUGAAAAAAUGUAUCGACAAAUAGUCGUACAUGAUGAUGAUCAAGAUUUUCAGCGAAUUAUUUUUCGAAAAUCUCCCAAUAGUCCACUACGCGACUUUAAAUUAAAAACAGUUACCUUUGGCGUAAACUGUGCUCCAUACCUCGCCAUUCGUACACUCAGAAGACACAAAGUCAGAGUUUCCUCUGGCAACACAAGUCUUAAAAACACAUACGUAUGUAGACGACAUCCUGUCUGGGAGCCACAGCCUCUCACAAGCAUACGAGUCCUUAUCACAAGUGAUAAAUGCCCUCAACACCGCAGGGUUUCCUUUAAAAAAGAUCACAGCUAAUCACCCAAGUAUCUUAAAAAAUAUACCAAACGAUAAUAAAUUGGAUACUAAUUUCCUUAUAUUUGAAAAGGAAAGUAUAACAAAAACACUGGGCAUCCAAUGGAAUGCGAUAUCGGACCAGUUCUCAUACACGACAGAGUCCAUAACCGCAUUAUCCGCCAUAACAAAGAGGCGAAUUUUAUCCUCAAUGGCAAAACUUUUUGACCCCGCAAGAUGGCUCGCGCCAAUUAUGAUACAAGCGAAAAUCCUGAUUCAAGAAUUACGGCUAGACGGAACAGACUGGGACGAACAAGUGAAACCUCUUCGCUUAGAGAAGUGGUCCCGGUUUGCUAAUAAUCUAAAAGACAUCUCGUAGAUACAAAUUCCACGGUGGGUAAAUUAUUCCCCCGAAUACAAAGUGGAACUACACGGCUUCUGCGAUGCCUCUGAAAAGGCAUAUUGUGCCACGAUCUAUGUGCGUGCACAAAGCGACACCGCAACCACAAGCCACCUACUAGCUGCAAAAGCAAAAGUAGCACCUCUAAAAACGAUAAGUCUACCACGACUUGAACUCUGUGGCGCUCUGCUACUAGCCAAGCUGGUUUCCAUAGUGCAGACCCACAUGAACAUGACCAAAUGCAAAUUAUAUCUAUAGUCCGAUUCCGAAAUCGUUCUAGCCUGGUUAGAAAAGCCACCACACUCGUGGAAAACAUAUAUUUCUAAUCGAACCUCUCAAAUACUUGACCUAGUAGGGGCAGCCACAUGGCGACACGUAGCCAGUGCCGACAAUCCUGCUGAUCUAGGCACAAGAGGGUGCAAACCCCUGGAUCUUGCCACCACCACGCUCUGGUGGAAUGGCCCCCGAUGGUUAACCGAAUAAACAGAUUCUUGGCCACAAUCGACAAUGCGCCCCAGAAAGUCGAAAAAUCGACACCUAUCAUACAAUAGUGGAUGAUAAUGAAAUCCUUGAACGAUUUUCAUCGUUCCCCCGAGCCCUCAGAGUAGUCGCAUAUAUGCUUAAAUUCAUAGAGCAACUUAAACUUAAAGUUGAAGGAGUAACUUACACCCAUUGCGAUACAUUGACGCACCAGGACUUACAAAAAGCAAAGGUCGCGCUUAUCGCCUCAACCCAAACGCGCUACUUCAGUCGCGACAUAUCGUUACUAAGAGAAUCGAAGCCAAUUGACAAAAAGAGCUCACUCUUAGUACUAAACCCAUUUUUAGACACGAAAGGUCUGCUUCGUGCCAAUGGUCGGCUCGCUAAUUCAAGCCUGACUUACAACGAACGCCACCCCAUCAUAAUACCUGAGAAGUCUCCUUUUGCCACACUACUCCUGAAUUACAUCCAUAUAUUAAUGUUGCACGCCGAACAGCGCCGCAUGCAACAUAUGGUACGCCAAGAGUAUUAUAUUCCCCGUCUUAAGCCCCAGAUCAAAAAAUGCAUUUUCAUGUGCAAAAUCUGCACUAUGCAUAAGCAAAAAAUGCGAACUCAGAUUAUGGCAGCACUUCCACCUGAACGCUGCAAUUUCGCUCCGCCUUUCACGACUACAGGUGUCGAUUUUGCUGGGCCUUUUCAAAUAAAGGCGUCCAUGCUAAGAUCUCCCACUCUCAUGAAAGGCUAUGUGGCUGUCUUUUUAUGUUUCACGACAAAGGUAGUACACCUUGAGCUGUGUACUAAUCUGACGACGGAGGCUUUUCUCGCGGCAUUUGCUCGUUUCGUCGCUCGACGUGGCUUCCCCUCCAAAAUCAUGAGCGAUAAUGGCAAAACAUUCAUAGGAGCCCAACGAGCCACAGAAAAACAGUUUGUGGAUUUCUUAAAACAAGUGUCCCCUGAUAUCAUACAAAAGUACGCCCCUCAAGGUAUCAAUUGGCAAUUUAUACCUCCAAGCGCUCCUCAUAUGGGUGGUUUAUGGGAAUCAGCUGUAAAGAGCUUCAAAUCACAUUUCAAGAAGCUAGCCGGCAGCUAUAAAUUUAACUAUGAAGAAUUCACGACAUUAUUAGCUAAAAUUGAAGCCGUUCUCAACUCACGGCCGCUCACAGCACUAUUGCAAGAUCCCUCCGACUUCACAGCCCUAACUCCAGGGCAUUUCUUAAAAGGAGCACCCAUUCUGGCCACACCUGAGCCAGGCGUGGAGUCGCUUUCCUUAUUAAAUAGAUGGGAAAGAAUUAAAAUUCUCCAUCAUAAUUUCAGUAGCCGAUGGAAAGAAGACUAUAUAAAGGACCUCCACAAGAGAUACCGAUGGAAAAAUACAGAAAAUGCGCCAAAAGUUGGAGAUUGUGUCCUGAUUGCCUGCCACCUACCGAAUGGCGGCUGGGCCGCAUAGAGAAGCUUUAUCCAGGCUCCGACGGUCAUAUUCGCGUAGUCGAUCUCCGUACACAAUCCGGAAAGUAAACAAGACCGCUCUUCAAACUAUGCUUCUUACCGAUCGCCGAUAACCACGAAACGAAAACCGACAAACCGCUAAAAUAAACCAAAUAUAAAAACAAAAUAAAAUAAAAAUUUAUAUAAAUACAUAUAUACAUACAUAUAUAUAUUUAAAAUCACUCACUGAGGUAGUCGAUUAAUCUAACGACCCACUCAUGCCGCAUAACGUGGCAGCCAUGCUCAUAUGUCCUAUAUGCAACCAAAUUCUAAUUGAAAUAACACUCUUCCAAACAGAUCAAUAUUGAUGCAAACAUGCCAGCAGCCCCGACACCAACCACUCGUUCGGCUGUCAAUGUGCAACGCCAAGCGGCUGCCCCAGUUGCAGCGCCCCGAACAACCACCCCAACGGUGCCUCGGAGUGAAACGGCCGCAUUGCCGUCAACACCCGCGCUUGUCGCCGACCCACAGCGCCGUAGAUGUCCCUAUGUCGUCGACCCCACCGGCUGCCACAAUGCGUCAUCUUUAAGGGAUUGCCACCUCAACAACGCCAGUUGGUCGUGCAGGCGCACGGCCAUUGUCUCAAUUGCCUGACGCCUGUCCAAACUCACGAGUGUAUGUCGGGCAAUCUGUGCCAAAUUUGUAUGCGCCCGCAUCACACGAUGUUACACCGUGCACCUCGGAAUGACACCAGCCAACUUCCUGCCGGCCGCAACCGCGGCGCAGUACAACGACCGCCAUUAAGCCGGGAUGCACGGUCCCGUCGAACCAUAGGGCCAUCAUCAUCCCGUGCCCGGCGGCCACAUAAUGGGGCGUUCACACGACGCCAGCAACAACGACCGCGUCCGCGCCGCACCUCAGGCCUCAGCAGCGUCGUAGCCACUCUGCAGCAGCUUCAGAGGAUUCUAGGCUGAAAUAUUCGCCUAGGGGGGCCGGAUGGCUAAAUGAGCCUUAGUCGCCUGCCCCACACCACACCUACACCCAUCACUAACACGCACACUCACCACACUUACCUCGACAUCACCACACUUCACAUCAACACCACCCACACGCGCGAGCGCAGGAUACACACACUAAAACACACACCACAUCACUCCAUGGAAAAAGGGUCCGCUUUCACACAAAUCAGUAUUGAUUCGUCCAUUACUGAAUGCACGUCGCUUUUUCGCCACACGCCGAUCGUCAUCGCCAUUUGUACCGAUCUCCAUAAUUUCCAUUAUAGUUUUGUGAAUACGAUAAUUUUAUUAAUUUUGAGUAACACAAUUGUGAGACUAACGUGUCCGGAACCCCCUCUAUACGGCCUUUAGAAGGCGAAUUUUUAUUGUAAAAUAAAAUUUAUACGAGUUGUGAAAGUGAAAUCGGAGGUUUUAUUUUAAAACACGCAAUUUGGCACAAGUGGUAAGUCCAGCGGGCAGUGAACCCAACAAUUUGGUAUCAAAUCAUAUACUUAGUACAUAAGUAUGUAUGUAAGCUAAAAUUUACCUAUGUAUUUUAUGAUGAUUCCAUAAAAUUAUUAAAAAUAUAUAUUUUAGAGUAAGGUUUGUAUUAUUACCCAAAUAAUUAAUAUCCCGAUGUGACAACUACCGACUGGAGGGUGUUAAGCGUGGCGAAAUUGAUCAACGAAGAUUGAGACCAUCCUACAGAUCAAUAAGGCGGCAGAGGGUUUUCUGUACGCGAGGUUCGGGAAGACGGCGUGGGGAGUGAGAGAAGCGUGUUUUUUCGCCUCAAGAAGCGCCACCUCGCGGACGGCAA